UUAUGUCAAUAAAAGUGGCAAGGCGUUUGACUCUUACCUCUUACCUAGUACCUAGUAUUUUUAUAAUGUAAUGUAACUUUUAAACAAUUUGUGAUAUAGUGUUCAGUUUAUCUUAUUGUCAUAUCAUCUACAAUACUUGAAAACAAAAAUAAUGUUUUUGUGGAUGUCUUAGUUUUAAAUUUAUUUAUAUCCCAAACUGGUAGAGGAUUCUUGAAUGAUGACUUCCCAAACAGAUGAUAUUGAUGAUUUACUAUCGAUAAUUGAAGCAAAUUUGGUUUCUGGAGAGGAUGAUAACAUAAGUGAAGCUUCUCAGAAGUUCAAGUUGUUGCUUCAAAAAUAUAAUGACAGAAUACCCUGCAAGAUCUUCAAAUGGGUGAAGAGUAAUAAUAGUGAAAUUAUUAGAGCUCUUUUAGUUGAGAAGCUACACCAACAAAUUACAACAAUUGUCAGAAAUAGUCCAACUGAACUGUUAACAUUUAUUCCUCUUCGUGAAACGGAUGAUGGUGGUGAAUAUGUUAUUGAGUUACUUAUGGAAGUAGUUGAUUCCUUGUCUGAAGAAAUAAUUAAGCAGCUACUAUGUGAUUCAGUUAUACCAGGAAUGUUUAAUACCGAAGUUCAAAAUGAAGUCCAUGAUGUCCUAAUUGAUUUUGGAUUUCAACUAAUCGAUAAGUUUCCAAUAAUAAAAUUGAAUGGAGAGGAAGUGAAACUUUUGACAGUACAAUUGAUUGAAAAAUAUAUUAAAGUUUUGGAAAAAUGGAGAGAAGAAAAUUACAGUCGUUGGCACGAGUUGUGGAUGUUCUUAGUGAGAUUUUCUGCCAAACACCUCCAUACAGCAAUGGAUUUGGCUAAUAAAUUACUAAGAGUAGUUGAAUUUGCAUUCAGAAAUCCUUCUUAUGAACAGAGGCUCAAGGGUUAUGAGUGCUGGAAAGAGCUGAUCGAUAAUGCUAGUUUAGAUAUGAAGCAUAUGUGUAGCAGUAAACAAAUAAAACUACUUAUGACACCAUUACGAGCAAAGUUUUCAAAAAUGGAAGUUGUUAUCUGUAAAAGAUUUGAAGUGUUUCUUUAUCUUCUUCAAAAGUUACAAAAUAAUUCAGUAUUGUGUUUGAACGAAUUUUUAGAAUUUUGUUUUGGGGUUUCAAACACAAAUUCUUCAUCUAAGAAUGGUCAAGGAAAAUUGGUACCAAAUUUGUGGUUGAGAAGUAUACUGGUUUUCCUAGCAAUCUUAGGUGAUCAGACACAUAUCUCCUCUGAGUUUAAACAACAAUUAUUUGAGGAAGCAAUAAUUAAUGAAAAUAACUUUGAACGUUUUGACCAGGUAGUUGUUAAUUCAGUUAUAGAGAGCUCCACAAUAUUGAAGAUCAUAUCAAUUGAUACCUUAGAGAAAAUAAAUAUUUAUAAGUGCCUGUGGACGAAAUUAUUCGAACUAAUAAUUAAUUCAUCAAAGGCAGUCCAGGAAAGAUGUUUUCUUAGAAUACACAAUUCAUUGACAACACUAUUCAAGGACUUCAAUGAAGAUAUUACAUAUUUAAUUUUAUUGGAUGCAUUCUCCCAAUUAAUGACUGAGAAAAUUGAUUGUAGCAUAUACAGUGAUCCCCUCACAUUAUUAAUAGAAAGUACCAUGAAAUUCUUGAAUGAAUCGACUGUUUCUGUAGAUUUGCAUCAGCAGACUGAGGAAAUUUUAAUGAAACUUUGUAAAGAAAGACAUGUAGCAGAAUUAUUGACAGAACAUUUGAAAAAGUUGGAUCCAACUAAAAAUGAGGACAUCAUUUAUAAACUUUGGAUGAAUAUUGGGUUUACAGUACUUAAAGAAGAUGAUCAGUCGCAAACAACUAUUUCUAUUUUUUUAUGGCCUAUUUUCCAUCUAAAUAAAUGUACCGUCUAUACUGAUAAUGUGUGCACAAAAUGGGUAAAGUUUUUCUCAAAAACUUCAGUAUCUACUAAAAUAAUUAUCCUAGGUGAAAUCAAUAAAGCCUUCAAAUCCAACCCAUUAUUGAGUUCCAACAUUUCAACCAUUAUUUCUUUACUAGAUGAAGAUGACAUAUGCUUAGAGGAAAAAAUAAUUGAAUCACUGCUAAAAUUGAUUACAAGUAUUUCGUCGAUGCCUCUGCUUUCUCAAGAAACCAUGGAAAAAUUAUUUCCAUUGAUCUUAAAGUGUACUAAAAUGGUUACUGCAAAUGAAAAUAUUGAUACCGAGAGUAUUGACAAUAUUUGUCAGUGUUUUCAGAAAAUUCCUACUAAUCAUAAGAAUUCAACUUCAUUAGAAGCAAUAGAAGGACUUGUCAAAAAAAUAGGCCCAAUGGCGGACACUAAUAUUGGGAAUAAAUUAAAGAUCCUUAUGAGUUCAUUCUCUAACACGAAACUACAAAAAAGGGCUUCUAAAAUAGCAAGUCUUUUAAGUCCAGAAGGAAACAAUACACCCAGUAGUAAUGUUAAAAGAUCCAUUAGAAUGACUCAGAUGGUUUUCGAUAAAGAUGGUUCAACACCUAACAAGGAGAAAGUUGAUGCUCUGCAAUUAUUCGGACAAGAUGUAGAUACAUGCACUCCAUUAAAAGUUAAAGGAAGUCUUCUUCAGGGUAUCUCAUCCUCCCCAAGUUCUAACAGUCGAUCAAAGAGAAUUAUAAAUUCUGUGAAAAAAUCACAUCUACCAAAUCCUCCUAUUAUUGACGACCAAACUUGUGAAUAUGUGGUUAUUGAUACAGAAGUCAAAUUGCAAAAAGAUUUAUUGACUGAUCACCAAAAGGAAACCUUUAGAAGACGCAGAGAAGAUAUUCCAGCUUUAUACCAGGACUUGUCACAGAGUCAAACACAAAAUUCAGUAAGUACCGAUACUAAUAUGAGCAGUAAUAUAACUGUUAUAAUGGAUAAAAAUAAAAAUGAGGAAGGGGUGACUAAAUCUCUACAACAAGAAUGCUCACCGAACAAGGAUUGUCAAGCACCUGAAAUUCCUCUUGAAGAAAAGCCUACCAUCAGGAAUAUGAAAAAACUUGAAACAAAUGAAUCCAACACUGAUAUUAAUGAUGAAAGUGAAAACAAAAAAAUUAAAGAGACUUUACCAAAAAGUAAAAGAGAAUUGAUGAGAAUACGAAUGGAUAUAGUAGGAGGAAAUAGUUUCAUUGAGAAUCUCCCUUCAAAGCGACCCAGGAAAACAACAGAGAAGACAUAUACCCCUAAGAAAUCAAGAAAAUCUUUAUCAGAGUCACAAAUUAAUGAGGUCACUCAAAACGCUGUUGGAUCAUCUCCAUGUGUUGAAAGUUCCAUAAAAGAGGAAGAAGGAAGAUUGGAACCUGAGAAAUCAGGGGAUAAUCUUCCUGAAAAAGAUCAAAAUAACGAUAAUAAUUUAGAGGUUCAUCCAGUAGUCGUUAUAGAAACUAUUUCUUCAAAUUCUCCUUCUGCAGGCCUUAGUUCAGAAAUAACACCUAAUAGAAGGAAAAAUAAGUUGAUGAAACCUAUCAAAAAUUUUGAUACACCUUCUUCUGAAAAAAAAACUAACAGAUCUGCAAAGAAACAAGAGAAGGAAAUCAAAGAACAGAAAUCCAGUAAAAGAUCAAAAACGCCUUCUAAGUCUGAAGUAUCAGAAUCCUCUGAAAGUGAGAUUUUGUUUGAAUCAGAAAUAAAUAUGAACAUAACAGAAAAAAAACAUGUUACUGGUAAAUCAAAAAAAAAUAAUAGGAUGAGUUCAGGUGAUCUAGGAAAUGACAUCGUUAGAGUGAAAGAGGAAAGCAAUGCGACAAUGAAUAAGCAAGAAACUACUCACAAAAAAACUUCCAAAGAAUUAAUGAAGAAAAACAAACAGAAAGUGCGAACCAUUCAGAGUCAACUUAAAUUGGCAAAUCUCAGUAACCUUGAAGUUUCUGCAGAGAAAAAAGUACCAAAAAAUGCAAAAUUAAUUUUCAUCAGAGAAUUGACUAAUUCAAAGAAUCCACAAGAUACCAAAGUUUGUCCUGCAGGCUUGAAGAGGAAUAAGGAUAAUACAUCUAAAAAUAUUGCUUAUACUAUUGAGAGACCAACUACUUCAGUGGAGAUAUCAUCUCUAGUGAAUAUUGACGAUGAUACACAACCUUCACAUUCUGAGUCCCCUAUUUCAAAUGACUAUAUUAAUAUUGAAAAAACAAAAACAAGCAAUAAAAGAAAGAGGAGAAGCGGUGAAAAUAAUGUUUUGGCUGAGUCAUCUCCUGAUUCUCCUGAGAGCAAUGAUGUAGUUCCUGAGGUAAAAGAAGUUCCCCAUGAUGAUAAAGAUGAAGGAAUGAAACAAGACCAUAUUGAGGAAAAUGCCAGUAAAAUAGGACAAUGUGAUGAGAAAAAUUGUGAUGUAGAAAAUCAAGAUAUCCAAACAGAUGAGAUGAUCAACAACAGAAAAAGAAGAAAGUGCGCACGAAAAUCUAGUAAAGAGAAUCAUCCUUCAUCAGAUUCAUCUCUGUUUUCUCCAGAUAGUUCUUCUAGAAGUAGUAUGAAUUCACCUAUGGAUCACACUGUAGAUUCUUCAAAUAAACAAGUCUCACCAAAAGGAGUAAAGAUUUUAUUCAAAGAUUCUGAAGAUAUAAUCGAAAGUUCCCAAGGAUCUCUCAUUGAAAAUACAUCUAUAUCUAUUGGAAACUUGUCUAGAUCAAAAGUCAAGCAAUCACCAAAAAUACAAAGUAGUCCUGUUAAAUUUGAGGAAAUCGAUCAUGUUAAACCAACUACAGACGAAAAUCCUGCAACUGAUCUUUUAUCACAAAUAGAUAAAGUUGUAGAAUCUCCAAAUGCAAAGAAUGAAAAAUCCAUAUCCCAAGCGACUACCUUGACGUGUGAAUCAACUUAUGAAGUACAGCCAUGUGUGAUACAAGUUGAAAUACAAAAUAAACAAGAACUAUCAGAUUCAGAGAAACUCCUUAGCAUUGCGGACACUGUGUCGAUAGAAUCGCUCUCCACAGUUGAUGUAAUGCAAAAAGAAAAUAAGAAAGAUUCUCAUGUGGCAAUUACCGGUUGUGAAAAUAUUGUUGAAGAAAAUGUAGAAAAAACUUUAAACAACGACAUUAGUGAUGGGGAAAGCCCUGUUUCAAAUCAAAUCCAAAUUGAAAUAUUUGGAACUCCACAAAAAAAAUGUGAAAAUCUCCCAGGUUCGCCUGUGAGUCAGGCUACCCCGACUUUUAAAAAAGAACUUCUCGACAAUACUUUAGACAUUUCCCCAAUCGGUUCUCUACACGCGAAUUCUGAUGACCAAAAAGAUAUUCUAGAGGCCCUAGAUGCUGCAAUAGGAGAAAAAAGUACCUAUAAAGAUGCCGAGUUUGCUUCCUCAAAUUGUAGAUCUUCAGAAGAUAACAAGAUUACGAGUAUGGUGUUAUCAUCAAAUGAGCGUUCCAAUAAAUUAUUGAAUAUGGUGAAUGUUGAAUCACCUAUAAGUUCUCACAAGAAAAUUUCUAAGAGGAAACUUGCCAGUCCAGCUCUCAAGAAGACCCGUUAUGAGAAACUAUUCUCUUUUUAUCAAGGUCAAGAUAUUGGCGAAACGGGAAACAGGGAAGAUGGUUCAUUGACUAGUACAGAAAAGCCAGAGGAUAUCCUUACUUUUUCGAGGGAAGUUCCGAGUCCCUUAGCUGUACCUUCAAGUAGUAUUUUGAAGAGAAAAUUGGCUGAAACAGAUGAAAGUUACUUACCAUCUCCUAAGAGAAAACGUGUGAACUUCAGCUACCCUUGCAUCACAUCCACCAAACUCUUCAUCAGACACAAAGAUGAACUAAACACUCAUUUUAAACCUGUAUUUGCUGCAAAUCUUUUUGAUGAUGAUCCUCAGCAAGAAAGUGAAGAGGAAGAUCCCUUUGCAGAACCUGAGUCCUACGGACAAGUUGGUACCGAGGACAGUAUGGAAAUUGCAAAUUCACUUUCACUUUGUAGUAAUAAACCUAUUGACCAAAGACUCAUUAAUUGUAGUGAAAACCUGGACUGUUUGUUGAAACGACUCACAAGCCCAAUGUAUUGUGAUAAAUUAAGAGAAUUACUGAAGAAUAAGAAUAUAGAAACUAUAGGAGAUUUGGCAAGUUUGAAUGAAAUAGAAAUUAAUAGAUUACCAUUCAAAGACCCCAAAGUGAAAACUGUAAAAAAAGCCUUAUAUUAUUAUUUUAAUAUUUUAUCCAAUGAGUUGAAGAAUAAAGAAGAAAAAAAUAGUAAUGUGGAGAAUUCUUCAAAUAGAUUAGGAGAAGAAAAAUACGAGACAAUAGAUGUAGGAAAUGAAAUCAAUACAGAACCGGAAGAAAUACAAACAGAAAUCACACAUGACAAUACAACUCAGCCUGAAAACCUUAGUCACAUGUUCAGGUUACUUAUGACAAAAUUGAAGGAAAAGGGGUCUUCUCUUGAAGAAUUUGGUGAAAUAUUUAUAGAUCUAGUCGAUGAAUCCGAUGUGGUAAACUUACUGGAAAAUGUUUACAACACUAAUUUCAGAAAGUUCUUUGGGAAACCUCAUUGGAGGUAUUUAGUGGAAAAUAUAGUGAAAAUGGGUGGUACUUCAGAAUUAUUUGAUAUAAUAUCUGAUCUUGCUGAAAACAACAAAGUGUUUGCUGAUCAACUGGAACAUAUUGUUCAAGUCAGGAUAGAUCAAGAUCCUCUCAAAAAUAUCUUGAAGAAGAAGACUUUAGUUCAAGUGGGUGCUGCACUUAAAGAUUGCAUAGAGGAAGGAGAGUUUCCUAGAGAGAAUAUUUUGCAAACAUGCCUCAUGCCUUUAAUUAAAAGUCCUAGUGAUAUUAAGAAUUAUUUUAAUAGUUUGACAAUAGUACAAAUACAUGAUUUAUUUGUUGAGAGGGUUCAAUCCUCCGAUUUAACCUGCUUUUUUGAUCUAAUAAAGGAACAUUAUGGUAAUUAUACAGUAGCACAAUGUGCAAAUAAACAAGAUGUGCUUAAGAUAUGUUCAAAGGAAGAUCUAGCAGGUGCCCUUAUUGCAAAAGAAAAUGAAGUGGAUGCAGUCAAACAUUUGAUAUCCCAUAUACGAGAUGAAAGAAAACUUCUAGAAUUAUAUAACUACAUAGGGAAUCUAUUACCAUUCAAAAGUCGCAUUGAUUCUCACAUUAACUUAUUACAAAGUAUUCCUUUUGAUAAAAUUUAAGAUUUAGUAUCAUUCACGUAGUUUUGUUGUGUUGAAAUUCUCUCAAUCAAAGACUGCUAUUUUAGUUUAUGUACAUAAAGCCGUAUAUAAUUAAUACAAAUAAAAUUAUAUAAGUAAAACUAGCAAAUUGUU